AGGGCAACCAUCUUUGAUUCAGUUUACCCGCACAAAUGUUGGUCGAUUAGCCGUGGGCAAAGAAUGAAGCGGCCAUUCUCGCUGACUCAUCUGGCUUCGCUCAUGUUCCUAGUUUGGAGUCACUGCUUAUUGCCUCCAGAAACAAGCGCUUCUCCCUACAAGUCAAAUCAACUGGGCAUUCGUUCAGCGGCUCUGGCCUCUCAGAAGAGGAAGUGUGUGCCAACAAAGAAAAUGAAGGCUAUCAAUAAGCCCGGGCGACGGAGAGUGCGCUUGCAAAAAGCGAGUGGAGAGAGCUCAAGACCUGCGCCAAGCUCAAUCAUCAAGUUCAAAACUCUAUAAAGCAAG